AUGAGUUGUCUUCGUGAUCGGCGAUUGUCUUCGGAAUCAGUCAGUUCUAGAUGUGCUCCACAUAUUGAUGAUUUCAUCUUUGAUCUCUAUCAAAAUCCAGAAACUGAAAAGUUAUCGUUAUCUACGCUUCUCAAGUCACUCAAUGAAUCAGGAAUAAGGCAUGAUGACCCUCGAUUAGCUGACUUUUUACAAGCAAUAAGGGAAGAAGACAAAAAGCAUUUCAAUCCAGAUUCAAUUAUUGCUGCACCAAUCACAGAACAUUUGGAUCGUGAAAUGUUUAAAAGAUGUGUGGGUGAUGCGAUAGGAAUAAUUUCAAAGGCACUAAAAAAGCAACUCGUGAUUCCAGAUUGGCUAGCGUUUAGCACAAUUGUUGGGGAAGUUUUUGAUUCAUGUACUGAUGUGAAUGAGGGACAUGUAGCAAAUUACAUCCCACAAUUGGCCCGUUCAGAUCCAAACUAUUGGGCUAUGUCAGUGUGUACUGUUGACGGUCAGCGACGAUCUUGGGGUGAUACUAAGAUAUCAUUUUGCUUGCAGAGUGUCUCUAAACCGUUUACCUAUGCUAUUGUUUUGGAUGAACUUGGUGCAGAAGAGGUUCACAAAUAUGUUGGCCAAGAGCCAUCAGGUCGUUUGUUCAAUGACAUUGCGUUGAAUCAUAAUGGCAAGCCGCAUAAUCCGAUGGUCAAUGCUGGAGCUAUAUUAAUCGCAUCUUUAAUGAGGCGUUAUGGCACUCUUGCUGACCGGUUUGACUUUGCACUGCAAUAUUUUAAACGAUUUGCUGCUGGUGGUUAUGUUGGAUUUAAUAAUGCAGUCUUCCUGUCCGAACGCGAUACUGCUGAUCGAAACUAUGCACUUUCCUAUUAUAUGCGCGAGCAUAAAUGUUUUCCACCGGAUACCAAUUUACAAGAUAACAUGGAUUUGUACUUCCAACUUUGUUCAAUUGAGACAGAUGUAGAGACUUUGGCUGUAAUGGCAGCUACAUUGGCUAAUGGUGGUGUGUCACCAUUUAGUGAAGAAAGAGUUGUGUGUAACAGAGCAGUACGUGAUACGUUAUCAUUGAUGUAUUCAUGUGGAAUGUAUGAUUAUUCUGGUCAAUUUGCUUUCAAGGUUGGUUUGCCUGCUAAAAGUGGUGUAUCAGGAGACAUGAUUAUUGUCGUACCAAAUGUCAUGGGUAUUUGUCUGUUUUCGCCAGCCCUUGAUUCUCUUGGCAAUACUGUUCGAGGAGUCAAAUUUGCGGAACAGUUUGUGGAAAAAUUCAAUUUUCACAAUUAUGAUAGUCUUGUUUAUUCUGAGACGUAUAAAAUUGAUCCUCGAAAAAGGAUUCGUGAAGCAAGACAUGAGUCGGUAUCGAACAUGAUGUAUGCCGCAACCAGUGGAGAUAUUUCGUCUAUUCAACGAUAUCUUCUUUUGGGCGUUAGCAUUUAUGAGAGAGAUUACGAUGAUCGAACUGUGUUACAUGUAGCUGCAGCACAAGGAAAUAAUAAUGUGCUCAAAUUUUUAUUGCAGAGAUGGUAUGAAAAUCCUGGACCACUAGAUCGAUAUGGUCGAACACCGCUUGACGAUGCCAAAGAAUUUAGUCAAACAAAGUGUGUCGAGCUGUUGGAAGAAGCAAUGGAAGAUUACGAACUGAAGCACUAA